UCAGUCGAGUAAUUGAGCUCCGUGCAGUCGCCACCCGGCCGCUGCGCCGACCGCUCCACGACCUCGACUCAACAAUACUGCCAACCUAGCGGCGAUUAACACUCAUAUCUUAUCUAUUAUCUGGAAGUACACCUCCUUAUCAUGUGCUAUGACGCGGCAGUACACUCAAAAGUUCUUGAAAGAUAGCGUGAACAAUUUUACAGUGUGAAAAGAAUGUGUGCACUCUGACGUUCCUCGAGAAAUAUUACCGUUACAUCAGUGUCUGUCGUGAUGUCGUUGUUUAAGAAGAAAGCACCGAAGUACACGCCUCCUCCGGUGCCCCCUGUGGUGGAGGACCCAGUGCCAGCCAACGGCGUGGACAACAACAAUGGUGCGCAGAAGUCGCAGCUGGUGUUCCACUGCCAGCAAGCUCACGGCAGCCCACUCGGGCUUAUCUCAGGAUUCUCCAACGUAAAGGAGCUCUAUCAGAAAAUUGCGGAAUGUUACGAUUUCCCGCCAGAGGACAUACUCUUCUGCACAUUAAAUACUCACAAAGUGGACAUGAAGAAGCUUCUAGGGGGACAAAUUGGCUUAGAAGACUUCAUCUUUGCCCACAGGAAAGGUCGACCAAAGGAAAUAGAAAUAGUCAAAACGGAAGAUGCGCUAGGAUUAACAAUAACGGAUAACGGAGCUGGGUAUGCGUUCAUUAAAAGGAUAAAGGAGGCUUCGAUAGUUUCCCGCAUACCGCAUAUAGAGGUUGGAGAUCAUAUUGAAAAAUUGGAUGGUGAAAAUAUGGUCGGCAAAAGACAUUAUGAAGUCGCCAAAUUACUGAAAGAAAUACCAAAGGGCACAACUUUUACAAUUCGCCUAGUGGAACCGUUGAAAACUGGCUUCGGGAGUAUCGGCCCCAAGACGAGUAGUGCGAGAUCAGGGAAGAAAAGUUAUGGAUCGGGAAAAGAAACCUUAAGGUUUAAAGCCAACGGUCCAGCUACUAUUGAAAAUGAGCAUGACGAGAAGGCCAAAGUGGGAAUAGAUAAAAUUAACAGUCUGCUGGAAUCUUUCAUGGGCAUCAACGACGGAGACUUGGCAGCACAGAUGUGGGACCUGGCAGAGGGAAAGACAAACUCAAUGCAAUUAGCUGAUGCCAUCGACAACAGCGAUCUGCAAGAGUUCGGGUUUACUGAUGAAUUUAUCAUAGAGCUGUGGGGGGCUAUUACUGACGCUAGAUCCGGAAGGCUUAGCUAGAAGCAAAGAACGCAAUAAAAUGGGACGUAAUGUUUAUUAUAAACUGAUUGUAAAGAUACAAAACUAAAGCUAAGCCCCUGUCAAAUUUAUACAAGGAAGUUUGGUACCUACCUAUAUGUCACUUAUUAUAUACAUAUAUUAUAGUGGUAGUUAGUGUUUUGAGAGAUGAUAGUAGUACGGUGCCAGAACUGCAUUUCCAUAGAAAAUGUAUUAGGAGCUUACCUACGUUUGGAAUUUUAAUAUUAUAGUUACUUAAGUACAUUCUUAUCCCGUAAUGUAUGAAUAUCCAAAUUCAAAGAGCGACACAUCCAAAAUUCCAAAAUGAUCAUUUAACAUUAUCUUUACCUGAUAUCAGUGCCUUAGCUAUACGUAACGAAAGUUUUAUCGCUAAGACUUAACUAAGUAAUGACGAGUUUGGAAAAACCUACACCAACAUCUCCAACAAUAAACUAAAAUUCAAAAAUAAUUAAUUAAGAAAACAGAAUGAUGAAAAAUUUCCAACAGUUGAGUUGCUGACAGGUAAAGUUGGCCUAGGUUAGCCUCUAUUCUAGCAUGUAAAUGGAGCAUAAAUGUGCCUUAAUAAACUGUAGUUAGGUAAGGAUUAUACUGAAACCUUAUAAAUCUUAUAAUAUAUUAAUGUACAAAUUAUAUUUUGUGAUUUUAGGCAUUUAGUACAAAUCCUAUUAUCAAAAUAAAAAAUAGUGAUAUAAAUUAUAUUUAAAACCUGUAGAUGUUACAUGGGUAAAAACUAUUUAAACUGUAUAAAAAGUAAUGGGAAUCUACAAAAAAUAUGUGCUUACGUUGAAUCUUUAAUAUUUUGAUAGGUGGUUAAGAUGAACGAUGAAGUUGGUAUGAGACAAGUUCACAACAACUCUACACAGUUGGAGAGAUUCCUACCUACCUGUCUAACUUCCACGUACAUUAGGUACGUAAUUUAUUCUUACAUGAAAAGUAUUGAUUUACUUAACAUUUUCGAGUGACUAUAGCUUUGGCUGUGAUGAUGAUAGUGGGGUUGAAUGAGUAAGAACGUAAGAACUCUACCUAUUUCCGUAGCUUGAUCUUCCAAACCAUCGCUGUCGAAUCUAUAUUGAUUUCCCUGGAAUCAUAAGUGGCGCCAUCUGCAAUUAAUAUACUGUUUUAUCUCCCACUGGCGCAGUUUUGUAUUACGAGUACCUCACUGUACUUCCUGUGAUCAUUCCUAAAUUUUUGUCGGUACUUACUCAUAAAAAUAAAUUCUAAAGUAUAAGUAUUUGGGCAUUCUUUAAUAGUUAACAUUUUUAAAAUAAUCAAAACAGCAUUUUCUGCCACCAUUCCAUAUUGUUUUUACUUAACUAAUAAUUUGUUAUUGUGUGUUUUGUUUUGAAUUGGAAGCUUAUUUAUUCUUAUUAAGUAUGUUGCUGUUGUAGCCUUAUUCCCUCAAAGUUAAAUUCUACUUUAUCUAGUAGGUACAUAGAUACAAUACGUAGGUACAAUAGUUAUACCUAAAUAUACUAUAAGGUACUUUUUAGACUAUGUACAGUCACUAGAUAUUAUCUUAUAAGUAUAAUCAGAUAAAUAUGUUGGUGUUAACUACAUAGAUUUAAGUAAUUAAGAGUUUAAAAUAAAUAUUUUCGUACUUUAA